ACAGCUGACUAUAUUGCAGACAAAGGUCAAGAAUUUCUACUUAAAAUGAUAUGAUUGAAGUUAAUUCAAAUUUGCACAUAGAAUAGCAAUUUGUUUUUAUUACCAAAUGGAUAGUAGUUUUUAUCUGUACAAACAGGUUUGCCUUUGAAACUUGAGCUGCAGUUAAUAUUCCCCCAGGUUCUAGAGUUGUAAAUCAUAACCGAAUAUGAAACAUCACUUGUGAUUACCGGGCCAACCAAUACGUAGACUACAUAAAACAUGAACAGCGUCUGAGUUGCACCCAAGAACCAACACCAAAGUAAGAGUGUGAGUGAUCUCCCAGCACUGAAAUCAAUGGGAAAUUUCCGGGUACGUUUUCCUAACAUUUCUUCCAGUUUGCUUUUAAAUUGUCCAAGCAAUGAAGCGCUCUUUCCAUUUCCCCUGGGAAACUGCUCUGUGGAUAAAACUGAGACAACCCCUUUCAGCUGCGGUGCUGGCGCCUGAUGCUGCGGGGGUUUGUUACAGCAGUACACCUAUCCCUCACGGGGUGGAAACUGCUGAAACAUUCCCAGGAAAAACAGUGCACAUCCACCACUUGAAUACUCCUUACCCUGAACAUUUCUCAUACCCCUUCUUUUCAGUGCGAGCGGAUACGGUCACCCUAAGCGGGUGGACUGAGAUGGAGCCGGGUGUCAAUCCCUUCAGCUGGGUUGCUUCGAAAAGGGGCUAGGAAACGCUGCCUGCACCCACAGGCCUUCAAGGGCUGACCACGGCGGAGAUCGCCCCGCGCUCGCAAUCCGCGCAUACUUCUGCCACCCGCUCCUUGCCAGGCCUGAGGUGCGCCCCGCGCUCGCUCCGGGGAAAAUCUUUCAUUCUAUGUUUUAAGGGACAAGACAUUCUGAAAAAAAGAGAAGAUACAUAAGGAAAGAUGUCUCAUUUAUUCAAAGGAGUUAAAAAGUGUUCUAGACUUUCUGUCAGUCAAAUUCACAGAGUAACAGGAUUUAUAUUUAAAACACACAUAUUGAAAAACUUGCUAGGCCACAUGAAACUCUCACACACAUUUUCUAAACUUACUUCUGACAAUACUGGCUCUUUUAGUUACAUCAUUGUUGGAGCUGGAUCAGCAGGUUGUGUAUUAGCCAACCGGUUGACUGAAGAUCCUCUCAGUACUGUACUCCUUUUGGAAGCAGGCCCUAAAGAUACCCUUCUAGGUAGUAAAAGAUUAAUGUGGAAGAUUCACAUGCCUGCUGCAUUAAUCUAUAAUCUUUGUGAUGAUAAAUAUAACUGGUAUUACCAUACAACACUGCAAAAGCACAUGGAUAAUCGAAUUAUGUAUUGGCCAAGGGGUAGAGUGUGGGGUGGCUCUUCAUCUCUCAAUGCAAUGGUAUACAUCCGUGGCCAUGCAGAAGACUACAAUCGAUGGGAAAGAGAAGGUGCUGUGGGAUGGGAUUAUGAACAUUGCUUGCCUUAUUUUAAGAAAGCACAGGCACAUGAACUAGGUCCUAACCAGUACAGAGGUGGGAGUGGAAAACUGCAUGUGUCAAGAGGAAGAACGAAUCACCCGCUUCAUCAAGCAUUCCUAGAUGCAGCCCAGGAAGCUGGGUAUCCUUUCACAGAUGAUAUGAAUGGUUACCAACAAGAAGGAUUUGGCUGGAUGGAUAUGACUAUACACAAAGGUCAAAGAUGGAGUGCAGCUAGCGCUUACCUUCACCCCGCCAUAUCACGCCCAAACUUGUCAGCCAAAGACAGAACCCUUGUAACGAAAAUUUUGUUUCAAGGGACCAAAGCUGUAGGGGUUGAGUAUAUCGAAAAUGGGCAAACAAAAAAGGUUCUCGCCAAUAAAGAAGUGAUUUUAAGUGGAGGUGCUAUAAAUUCUCCACAGCUGCUUAUGUUAUCUGGAGUUGGAAAUGCAGCUGAUCUAAAAAAAAUAGGGAUCCCGGUUGUGUGUCACCUUCCUGGGGUAGGCCAGAACCUUCAAGAUCAUUUGGAAGUGUAUGUUCAGCAGAAGUGCAUCAAACCAAUUACUCUCUAUAAAGCCCAGAAGCCUAUUAAAAUGGCAAAGAUUGGUAUAGAAUGGCUCUGGAAGUUUACAGGUGAUGGAGCUACUGCCCACUUGGAAUCUGGUGGUUUUAUCAGAAGUCGACCAGGUGUUUCUCACCCAGACGUUCAAUUCCAUUUUCUUCCUUCUCAAGUGAUUGAUCAUGGCCGUGUUCCUCCCCUGGUGGAAGCUUAUCAGGUCCAUGUUGGACCCAUGAGGAGCACAAGUGUGGGCUGGCUCAAGCUGAAAAGUGCAGACCCAAGGGACCAUCCUAUCAUUGAACCUAAUUACUUGUCAACAGAAACAGAUGCCUGGGAAUUUCGUCAGUGUAUCAAGUUGUCCAGAGAGAUUUUUGCUCAAAAAGCUUUUGAAAAAUUUCGUGGUCCUGAAAUUCAGCCAGGUAGCAACAUACAGUCUGAUGAAGAAAUAGACACUUUCAUAAGACAGAAGGCUGAUAGUGCGUAUCAUCCUUCUUGCACAUGUAAAAUGGGGCAGUCCUCUGAUACCGGUGCUGUAGUUGAUCCCCAGACUAAAGUAAUUGGGAUUGAAAACUUGAGAGUUGUAGAUGCCUCCAUAAUGCCUAGUAUUAUCAGUGGGAAUUUGAAUGCGCCAACCAUCAUGAUUGCAGAGAAGGCUGCUGAUAUAAUUAAAGGGCUCCCUUCGCUUCAUGAGAAAGAUGUUCCUGUAUAUAAACCUCAAAAUUUGGAAACUCAGCGCUAAACAAUAUGCCUGCCAUUUAUUUUCUGUGGUUUUUUUUCUUUACUCAUACACGGAAUUUUACCUUAGGCUUCUCCAACAGAAUAAAUUUGCGAUUGAAAAAAAAGAAAAAAAAAUUACAGAGGGUAUUAAUUCACUAACUGUCUGACUCUAGUUUUGAAUACAUAUUUUUUUUAUCAAUAUGUUCAUGAAAACUAUUCAUUUGUUUAAAAUUUGUGUACAUGACCUGCUUUUAAUGAGAGUUAUUCUGACGAGGGGCAAUUCUACCAUUUGAAACAGACAGUCAUGGGGGAACAGCUAGAUUUUCAGUACCUUUGUGGUUUAGCAUGGGAUGGAAAGGGUGGAUAUCAACCAUUUUGCAGAGGACAGUAAAACCCCCAGAAUUGCUUUUGUUCCUUGACAAUUAUUUAGCGAGUGAGGAAGGAAGGUUCAGUCAGGCCAUAAGCCUAGCAUGUGAAGUAAGUGUUGUCUAUUUAUUGGAGUAAGGUACAUCAGCAUGAAGCAAGGAGAGCAGUAUCCCAUACCAAGAAAUUUCACCACAGCUGUCAGUGUCAGUGCCAUUUAUUUUAUCUCAUGUAAUCUUUUGUAAUAAUGUGGGUAGAGUCGUAUAGGGUACUGAUCACUGUUUCAACAUUAAGGUGGAAUUGUACUAAAUGGGGGCGUAAGUAUUAACAUAAUGGUAUAAUUAAAAAGAAAAGGAGGACAUAUAUAUUUGACAAAUAUGGCUGACUUCAGAGCCUCUAGAAUAAGUGUAAAAAUGGAGUUGAUAAUUUAAAAAUAUAUACAAGGGCAACUUUUAGAAACAUUCUAUUUUUUGGAGUUAGCUUAAUAGCAUUCAGUUUGCAAUUUAACCUUUUUUGGCUUGUGUUCCUAUAUAUUGAAUAAAGUCAUAGAAGGGCAUGGAUUUUGUCUUCGCACAGCUUUAGGUGGUAAAGAGACUUCCAAAGUCUUGGGUUCCAAAGAAUUGGUUUAUUCAAUAAAGUUCCCAGUUACCUUAGAAAGAGACCUCUUCCCAGAUCAACUCUAUAUUUAUAUGCAUUUGCUCAGUUAAUUUGAAGAUUUCUGGCUCAUUUACCUUUAUGAAAGAAUAAAGGUAAUCUUGGCUUUUGGGUUUUAAUCUAAUUUGUUCCGAUUUUUUUUCCCCCCCCUGAGAAUUUUUUUUUUUUAAAACAGAAACCUGUCAAGGAAACUUUCUUGAGCCACCGCCUGGUGACGUGUGAUAGACUAAAAUAUACGAAUCAAGAUCAAACCAGUGGAAAUCACAGUCUUUUUCGCCCCUCACGGGUAGUACCUGAGAAAGGAAGGCAGGCUAUAAUUUAUACUUAGGGGUUGAUCCUGAAGUCUUUACUGAGGAAAAAUUCCCACACAUCUGACAGGAAGUGUUGCUUUGGGAAAUGAGUGCAGUCUCAGUUCCAUAACUGUACAUUAGGGCUAGGUACCGACAUUUAAAAAGCCCGAGGUAGAAUCGAUCUAAGUUGAGCAGUGUUCUGUAAGUGGCAUAGUUUAGAUUGGUAGCAAACAGAACACACGUUCGCCCUGUGUGGAGAGGAGGCACAAAUCUAAGAACAGUUUCUGACUUUUUUAACCCAGUCUGGGUGCUGAACUUGUCUGUUAUGGGUAUAGGCCAGGUUUGCAUGCCAAACGAGUAUGGACCAGUUUCUAAUAAUUUAUACUGGUAAAAGUGUAAUGUCUGUACCUGGUCUAGGAAGUUGUGGAGUCCCAUCACUGGAGAUUUUAAGACUCUGUUAGAUGAAUAUCUGUCAACAAUAAUCUAGGUAUAAUGUAUCCUGCCUCAUGCAGGGGGGCUAGGAUAGACUAUCUUUUGGGGUCACUUUUAGCUGUAUGUAUCAAUGAUUCAGUACAUUUUAAAAAGUUAUUUGCAUCCCACUUUAUAUUUCCCAAUACUUUGCUUCAUGUUUAUGAUAAAGAAAAAUGUGCAUCAUCUUUUGCAUAAUCCAUCAUUAUUACCAUUACAAUCCUUGGAAUAUUUUUCAUAUUAGUGCUUUAACUUGCAUAAUCAGACUAAAAUGUGAAGCAUUCAGAAUUAAUUUUGGUUAUUAAAACAGGAUAUAUCUAUCUAUAUCCCUCUGUGUGCACAAGAGGAAUGUAUGUAUGUACACACACAUCUGUAACAGCAAAGAAGUCUGUUGAAAUACUAUAUAUAAGUAUAUACAUUUAAAUUCUGUUGUAAUGUAUAUAAUAUAAAACACCUAGGAUAAAGACUCCUGUGCUGUUAUAAAAAAAAAUGAAGAACUGAGCUGCAGAGGUAUUUGGAUUUAUUCUAUGAAUCAAAGGAAAUCUUACAAAUUCAAAUUGAUUAUUGAGCAAGUAGAGUCAAAUUUUAAAGCAAAGGCUCCUGUGGUUCAGACAUCACAAAAGAUAGCAUUAGCAUAAACCAGAGACUUAUCAGCCUGUGAAGGAAAAACAUGCCUAUUACAUGCAGUAAGAGAACGUUUUAAUAGUAGUUCAGCAAAUAGCAGACAUUAGAAAUAUAUGAAAGGACAGUAAAUGCAGAUCUUGGGAGCUGCAAAUAAAUAACUUCCUAACAGCCUGCUUAGGAGUUCCAGUGAAAAGAGGGAUAAAUUUAUUCCAGAAAAAUGGAAUUUUACACCAUUUGAUUAGGUUAUAAAACCUGCUGAGUCAAAAGUUGGCUAGAGGGACAACUGCAGAUGUUUUAGACAGAUAUUCCUACCUGGUGCUGCUGCAAAGCAGGGAUGGUGGAGCCCUGUUGUUAACUGAGGAAAGGACACGAUUUGUCAGAAUAACUGCAUAAAGAGUAAACAGUGAUACUGAAGGGAGAAGAUGACAGAAAUGGACACUGUUCCAGAAGGAGUCAGAUAACCCUUUUCUGUAUGAUGUGUUCUUUUGCAAUGAGGAAAGCAACAAUAAUAUUUAAGGUAAUAGAUGAUCUACUAUGCUUUUAAGUCAACCCAUUUGAAGCAACUGUGCCUGCAUAGAGAUGAAUUAUGUCCUUUGUGCCUUUGAUUGUGUAAUAUCUUCACUUGGCACUACUGCAUUCAGGAUAAAGAUAUGCAGUGGGUAUCUUAAUAGCAUUUAGAGUAACCAGUACCAAGAUAUAAAGAGUGCUGUGUUUUGGACAGACUUGUCACAGUACUCUGCAGUUGAUGUACAAAACAUUUUUAAGAAGCUAUGUGUUGGUGGAAGUUCUUUUAUUUGAAGAUUAAUAGCAUAGUAUAUGCCAGGCUUGCAUUUUUGGCAUGCAAGGCAGGAAUUGUUGUUUAUGUAACUGCAGAGGACUAUCAAGCUAUAUCGUUCUAUAAUUACGACCAUACACAGUUCCAUCCUACAUUGUGUUGAGUAAUUACAGGUCAGGAAAUGGCAAAGUUAAGUUAGCGUGUACAGCUGCAACUGUCAUUUUUAUGUACGCAUUGCUGCAUGGUGCUAUCACAAUUAGUUUUUCACGAUUCUUUCA